UUCCUCCUAACGCAGCUCUCCCCAGUCUUCCACGAGGCCCAGAACAGAUCCCCGACCUCCGCCACUUUGGCGACCUCAGCUUAGGGAUAGAAUUCCUGAAACCUUCCCGCCAGGGCUUUCUUCUCUGCGCAACUUUUAGUUUAGCUUCGCCCUCUUGUCCCUAGAGGUUGGGCCGAGGCGCCGACCAAACGCCAACGCGGUUGCUUAGCGACACGCUUUUCCCAGGAGCCCUCGGGUGUUGUUUUUCUUAGCCAAUCAGAGACGCGGGGCGGCCUCUCCGGCGGCCAAUGGAUCGUCAGGGCAAAGCCCGCGGCGGUUGAAGGUGGCUGGGCCUGCGGCGGGGCGGUGCGACCUGGGGCGGCCGAGCGAGGGCGGCUCGGCUCUGCGGCGGCUCUGCGGCUGAGCGGUGCGGCGCGGCCCAGCCAUGCCGUCCCGAGUGGAGGACUACGAGGUGCUGUACACCAUCGGCACGGGCUCCUACGGCCGCUGCCAGAAGAUCCGGAGGAAGGGCGACGGCAAGAUACUAGUUUGGAAGGAACUUGACUAUGGCUCCAUGACAGAGGCCGAGAAACAGAUGCUUGUUUCUGAAGUGAAUCUGCUCCGUGAACUGAAACAUCCGAACAUUGUCCGCUACUAUGAUCGAUUUAUUGACAGAACCAACACAACCCUGUACAUUGUGAUGGAAUAUUGUGAAGGAGGGGACCUGGCUAGUAUAAUUACCAAGGGAACUAAGGAAAGACAAUACUUAGAUGAAGAGUUUGUUCUUCGAGUGAUGACGCAGUUGACCCUGGCCCUGAAGGAAUGUCACAGGCGAAGUGAUGGAGGACAUACUGUGCUGCAUCGAGAUUUGAAACCCGCCAAUGUUUUCUUGGAUGGCAAGCAAAAUGUCAAGCUCGGAGACUUUGGGCUAGCGAGAAUAUUAAACCAUGACACAAGUUUUGCAAAAACAUUUGUUGGCACACCUUACUACAUGUCUCCUGAACAAAUGAACCGCAUGUCCUAUAAUGAGAAGUCAGAUAUCUGGUCCCUGGGCUGCCUGCUGUAUGAACUGUGCGCGCUAAUGCCUCCAUUUACAGCUUUUAACCAAAAAGAACUGGCUGGGAAGAUCCGGGAAGGCAAAUUCCGGCGGAUUCCUUACCGCUUCUCUGAUGAGCUGAAUGACCUUAUUACGAGGAUGUUAAAUUUAAAGGACUAUCAGCGGCCUUCCGUGGAGGACAUUCUUGAGAACCCUUUGAUAGCAGACUUGGUCUCGGAGGAGCAGAGAGGGCAGCCAGAGCGGCGAGGGCGCAGGGCGGCGAGUGCGGAAGAGCCCGAGAAGCCGGGAGACCCCGGCCCCCUGCUGAGCGAGCUGCGGCUGAAGGAGCUGCAGCUACAGGAGCGAGAGCGGGCGCUCCGGGCCCGGGAGGACAGGCUGGAGCAGAAGGAGCGAGAGCUGUGCGUGCGGGAGAGGCUGGCGGAAGACAAGCUGGCCCGUGCUGAGGGGCUGCUCAAGAGCUGCGGGCUGCUGAGGGAGCAGAGGCUGCUGGCCCUGGCCAGCUCUCCAGAACUUUUUGAUCUGCCAUCCUCAACAAUUAAGAAGAAGGUUCACUUCAGCAGGGAGAGCAAAGAGAACACGGCGAGGAGCGAGAACUUGGAGAGCCAGCCUACUGCCAAGUCCAAGUGCAAGGACCUGAAGAAGAGGCUUCAUGCUGCGCAGCUGCGAGCACAGGCUCUGUCGGACCUGGAGAAGAACUACCAGCUCAAGAGCAGGCAGAUAUUGGGCAUGCGCUAGCCUGGGAGUCGCGGGGCCGCCUGGGAG